UCCGGUGAUGUGCUGUCUAACGCCGGGUCUCUGAAGGUGUGGGCUGUCAAAGCCGUUGUUACGACGUUGGAUCGUUAUUCGUAUUUUUUUUUGUAAAAAUACAUCCAUGGUCGCCAGGCUGUCUCUCAUACGACGGUAUGCCAUUCUCGGUUUUAUUAUCGUCGGAUAUAUUAUCUUUCAAUUCACACGCCAACACCCAGAUGUGGGGAGAAUGAGCCAGAAAGAGGGACUGAGGGCCAACUCCUCUCAGUUCACUCUGGAGGGAGAGCCCUUUCGCAUCUUGGGGGGCUCUAUCCACUAUUUCCGCGUCCCCAGAGCCUACUGGGAGGACCGCCUGCUGAAGAUGAGGGCGUGUGGGGUCAACACUCUCACCACAUAUGUGCCAUGGAACCUGCAUGAGCCAGAGAGAGGGGUUUUCAACUUCCAGGACCAAUUGGAUUUAAAGGCGUACAUCAGCCUAGCAGCAGAGUUGGGGCUCUGGGUGAUUCUGCGGCCAGGACCCUACAUCUGUGCUGAGUGGGACUUAGGAGGGCUGCCUAGUUGGUUGCUGCGUGAUCCAGACAUGAAGUUGAGAACAACCUACCCAGGUUUCACAGAAGCUGUUGACUCUUUCUUUGAUCAACUCAUUCCAAGAGUUGCACCGUAUCAGUACUCCAAGGGGGGCCCAAUUAUAGCAGUUCAAGUGGAGAACAAGUAUGGCUCUUAUGCAAAAGACGUAGAAUAUAUGCCAUACAUAAAGGAGGCAUUAUUAUCCAGGGGGAUCGAGGAGCUGCUCCUGACCUCAGACAACCAGGAUGGGUGGAACCUCGGGGGUGUGAAUGGAGUUCUAGAAACCAUCAAUUUUCAGAAACUGAGCCCAGAGGGAUUUAAGUAUCUGGAUGCAAUUCAACCCCAGAAGCCCAAGAUGGUGAUGGAGUAUUGGUCUGGGUGGUUUGACCUCUGGGGUGACCUUCACCAUGUUUUUGCUGCUGAGGACAUGGUUGCUAUUGUGACGGAAAUCCUGAAACAGGAUGCAUCAAUCAAUCUUUACAUGUUCCACGGAGGAACUAAUUUUGGCUUCAUGAACGGGGCUUUUGCAAUUGCCACGCCCAUGCCUAAGCCAAUGGUAACAAGCUAUGAUUACGAUGCUCCGUUAUCUGAGGCAGGGGAUUACACCACCAAGUACACUCUUCUGAGGAAUGUAUUGAGCCGCUAUCACAGUGAGAAGCUUCCUGAGGUUCCCUCCCUCCAGGCCAGGAGAGUGUAUGAGCCUGUCAUCAUUCAGAAGCAUCUGUCACUGUGGGAGAGCCUGCAGUUUACUGAGAAGCCCUUGAAGUCAGAGAAACCAGUCAACAUGGAGAACCUUCCUGUCAACAAUAACAAUGGUCAGUCCAACGGCUACACUCUGUAUGAGACCAUAAUCCACAGUGGAGGCCUUCUGAACUCCAUGAACAAUGUUAGAGACAGAGCCCUGGUGUUUGUGGACAAACUCUUUGUUGGAGUACUGGACUAUAAGAUGCUGGAGUGUGCUCUGCCUGAUGGAAAGGGGGAGAGAACAUUGAGUUUACUCGUGGAGAACUCUGGGAGACUGAACUAUGGUAAACUCCUAGAUGAACAGCGUAAAGGUCUUGUCGGAGACAUUGAGUUGAACAAUACCCCACUACGAGACUUUAUCAUUCAUAGUCUAGAUAUGAAGCCUGGCUUUGUAAAUAGACUGAGUGCAUCAGGCCAGUGGAACUCUGUUUUCCAGAAGCCUUCCUUCCCAGGGUUUUUCCACGGCAAGCUAUAUGUGGGUGGCCAUCCCAGAGACACCUUCAUCAGACUGCCUGGUUGGAGUAAAGGAGUGGUCUUUAUCAAUGGGCAGAAUCUUGGACGCCACUGGUCCAUGGGGCCCCAGCAAACCCUCUACCUCCCCGCCCCCUGGCUUAACCGAGGAAACAAUCAGGUUGUUGUCUUUGAGGAGCAGGAAACUGAUGGUAAAAUCCAAUUUGCCAGCGAGCCUGACCUUGGAAUGACUGUUGACGUACAGUGAGGAUGGCCUGGUAGAAUGGAGGUAUGGUUAGGAGUUCCAUCCUCUCACAUUUCCACACUCUGCCUGCCAUCAGGGACCAAGCUGGAUAGCUACUCAGAAUCGAUGCACACCACUGCACAUGGCAUUUAUUUCCUGUUGGGAAGCCCCAGCCUCUGAAUGAUCCAGACUAAUUAAGCAUCCUACUAGAUCUUGCAAACGUAACUGUGCCUUCAUUAUAUUCGAUGGGCCAUGGCAAUAUCUGGAUUGCAAUGUACUGCAAUAUCUGGAUUGUACUUGUUGUUUGUGUAUUACCUUUUCAUACUGUAUGUCUAUUGUGAGAAUUUUGUCAGAGGAUACUAAUUUGGAGAUUUCAGGUAUUUUAAUGUAUAGGUGUUUGUCUGGAUUCAAGGACACGUACUUUCACUAUGUCAUUGUAUUUUAUUUAAUUGGACAGCAAAUACAUAGAUUGUGCUUUUGAGAUGAAUCAGUGACAUGUGAUGGUGAAUUAAACUGAACGAUCAGUGCAGUGGAGACUCUCAAAUACAAAGACAUUCGCCAAGUACUUCACUUUUCAGUUGUUUAUUUGUCUUGAUAAAUGUCAUAUGGUAUCUCUGAGAAGGAGUCAUGAGGAGAGAUGAACAACCUUUAGAGUUACAUGCAGAAGAAGUGAUUCACACAAGGCUGGAAGAUGACUGUGGAUCAAAGUAGGUAAAGGAAGGGGGAGUGUGAUUUGCCCUAAGAAAGCAUUUAGAGCCUAGUACAGUAUGAGCCAUCACCUUUGUUACAUUAUGUAUGUACCACUACGAAGCUAAACACCGGAUGAGGCUGUUCCAUUACAUUAAAGCCGUUUCUGACUGUCAGAACAGUAUCGCUCGUUGAUCCAACUGUGAGAGUGUGAGAAAGCCAGGGAUGUAAGGAGAAGUUUGAGUUUUGUACCGUCAGAGUACUACACUUAACUUAUGAUUCUAUAAGUGAUUACAACAGUGUAGGAGCAAGCUCCAUUAAAUGUCCAAGAGAUGAAAUUGCACUUCCAUUAUGUAUAACUCUUAGUGUUGUCUGGGUUCAUCUCUGCAGACAGGCCCUAACAUUUUUCCUAAAUUCACAUGAAUGAACACAAUCAAUUCUAAGAAAGGUCAUUAAAAAUGAAGGCUAUUGAUAGCGAUUGAAGUCAGAGCAUUACAGAAUUGAUGGAAAACAAUGAAAUGUUGUGUCUCAGUUUGUUGGUGUUGCCCGCAAACCUAAAUGUGACCUCAGAAGAGCUUGUCUGUGUGGUUUCUGAACCUCAGUGGCUGAGAGGCACAGAUGAGAAAAGAAGGGGGUGGGGGCAAACAUGGACCAAGAAAUGUUCAAUUAUAAUUCAAUUUGACAAGAGGACAUUCAUACUUCAAAUAAAUACAUAAAUAAAUAAAUUUCUAUUGAUUUUCGCAUAAAUAUACAGACUUUACUUUACAUUUUGGAGAAUGGAAACAGAUCAGAAGACAUCGAUUCUUGCCUAAUGAAGUUAAUGGUACUGCUGUGCAAUCCAAAACCUAAAGAUGAGGUCAACAUGAACAUUAACAGAUGUUGUUUGAUCGCAAAACAUUUGGUUUGAAUUCCUCAAUUAAAUAAUACUAUUUAAUAGAAAUGAUCAGAAAUGACAUGCUGGUGUAUCCAUUUGAAUACCAGUACCUGAUGAGAGAGCAUAUUUUGGGGGGAGCCGUAUCCGAUGGGGGAACAGUACCUGAUGGGAAAACCGUAUCUGAUCUAAUACUGCUUUGGAUAAUUGAAUAGGCCAUAACUAUCCUGGUCAUUAAUCUCCCUUUUUCAUAGUUUGCCAUUAGUGUCUUCACCUACAUUUGAGGUAUUACUGAAGGAUACAUUAAGAAAUUGAAGCGGGCAUGAAACCUUAAUACUGCAAAGGUAUAGCUGAGCAUGACACCAAUUCACUUGUGCUUGUCAUUACGUUUUGCCUGUUAUAUCCAAGAAUUGUCACAAAGCGUGUCGCAAAACUAACUUCAACCCGUACAUGGUACAGUUUUGUCAGGGCAAGAAACUAGGACUGAGCAUGCAUGCAUAGGAUGGUGUUGCAGACUGGGGUUCUAGCAUGGGGUAUCUUACUAGUAGUUGUCCAAAGCAGAGGAUCUUCUUCUAGUUUUCAUGGUAUAUUUGAUUUGUCUUCUUACUCGCUUACAGUUCAUAGACCCAUGGUUGUUUCUUGGAAACAUUUUAGCACGAUUGUCUGUCUACCGCUGAUGAAACUGAGGUUAAGUAUACAGUAACAUUUCUACACUGCAGUGGGCUUAUAGAUUAUUCGCUGUGAUACGAGCGCAAAUAUCUAACAUAUGUAGGCAAUACACACUGUGAACGUAGGUGCUUUUGCACAUUUGACUGUAUAUCUCGAAUGUUAGUGCCUUUAGCUUAGAUAACUUCAAUUGCUUUCUGUUGUCCUACUCUACUAGUUAGCUACUGUGGUUAUAUAAACCAGCAUACUAUAUGGCCAUCUGCCAAACUGCUCAUCAUUGGGUAAUGAUAAUACUGUAACAUAUGCACAAAGUUGGGUUAAACCUAACGUGGUGAUGUGCUGUUAUACUG